AUGGCCCUCAUGGCUGUCUCGCCCGCCGGUGGCACAGACCUCAACCUCUCUCCAUCCUCAAUCGCUGCCACCCGCAACUGUGCUCCGAGCCCCGCCCACGCCGCUCUCACCACAUCAAAGUCAAGCACACUCAACAAGGCAGCGCGCAGUGCUACUGUUCAUUGGGACCGCGGCGUCUUUGACCCCUCCGUCAAGUCGGACACCGACCCAGAAGCGCAAGAAAAUAAAGCAUCGCCCAGCACCUCCACCCAAGACUUGGAGUGGACCCUCGGCUCCCAGGAUCCUCGUACUAAGCCUAGUGACAAAAAGUCUCGCGGCCAUCGGCAACGUCCUCAACUCGCAGCAGAGACGUUUACUGCCCCCGACGUACCCGCUGAGUCUAUUGACAGCCUCUCGGCUCACAACGAAUCCUUUGGUGAACACGACUUAGUCAAGGCAGCCAGAGGCCAGGAUCCCCAGGAGAACAUCUUCGAGAAGCACAAGAAGAAGCACUUUCAAUGGGUUCUGUCCCUGCCGGCUUCAGUCUGUUCAAAUCCUGACCAACCUCUCCAGCCAUUGGAUGACCAACUGAAUAUCGCUGCCUCUUGCAUUACCGAUCAGAGCGACAGGCGGUAUUUUGGUUGUAACCUGCUUACUUGGACCAAGGCAGCUGGACGUAAGGGACAUUUCCCUGGCGAUCCUGACGACGAAUACCUGCUCCUGGCCACACCAAUUGAGCUGGCCCCGGAACACACUCAUACUACCGAUCUUGAAACUACCUCACACCGAUUCCGUGUUCUUGGACAGGAAGACGCCGACUUUGUCAUGGCUACUCAGAUGAUCAACAGCCCUGCCAGUGCCGCAAACAGCGCAACGCAGAGUGCGAAGUGGUCCACCGUCGUAGACGCAUCGGAGGACAGCGACAACACUCUCACGAUUGAGCCACCCCGGCGCCUCAUGACGGCUCCUAUGAGCACUAUAGAGGACUCCUUGGAGGAGAUUGACCAGCUUGAGGACGAGUUCGAAGCCGUGACGGCAGCCACACGCGUGGCCCAGAUCUCGAACGCUGGAGAGGACAGGCCCAGGGACCGGGCUGCGAAACACUCACCUUACUCUAACCCUGCAUCCAAGGUUACUACACCAAAUGGCAAGGCUGCUUCGAAGACGGCCAGCGCUGUACGAGGCGAGCCAAACGCGUCGUCGCCCUGUAGCCCGGCGCGCAAGUCUUCGCCCCCAAAGACUGAACCGGAGGCUGAGAGAAAGACAAGCCUUGGGACUGCCACCAAACGAGUUGCUCGGCCAGCCAGUCUUGCCCCGCCAAAGCCCUUGCAACGGGCCAGCAAGGCGCCGACUGUCCCCACGUUUGAGCUGCCCGGCGAAAGGGUCGCAAGGGAGCUCAAGGAGAAGAAGGCAGCCAGGCUUUCCAUGCAGCUUGACUCGCCCAAAGUUCCAGACGUCAAGACCACGUCUCAGCGGCUACCUUCUUUCCGGUCCAGCAAGCCGCCCACGGUCCCCGAGUUUGAGCUUCCCGGUGAAAGAGUCGCCAGGGAGCUCAAGGAGAAGAAGGCAGCGCGGCUGUCGAUGCAGCUCGGCCCGCAAAAGCUUGCAGAGUCCAGCCCCCCGCCGCAGCGAGUCCGCUCCGUGAGAUCUAGCAAGCCGCCGACGGUCCCUAAUUUCGAACUGCCGGGUGAAUCGGUCUCGCGGAUGAAAAAAGAGCGGCUUGCGGCGAAGCUCAAGGCCGAAGAGGAAGAGGUGCAAAGACGACGCCAAUUCAAGGCCCGACCACCACCUAGCAGUGUCGGUGGCUCUGCGACCGUACGCUCGACUUUUACCAGCCGUCAGCGUGAGUCGCAGGGCGGAGCGGCGGACCAGCAGAGCACGGUGUCUCCGUCGGGCGCAUCGCCCAAGUAUGGGACGACCAAACGCCAUUCUGUCGCAAUGACACCUACGGCGGGCCGGACCGUUAGCAAUGCAUCUGCGUCCACCGUGCAGACCAACCGCGGGCGCACCUCCAGCGUCGGGUCAUCGCACUUCAGCGCUCGCGCAACGUCGUCGUCCAACGCUAGUAUCGUGUCGGCGAGCAAGCGCAGCCAGGUGUCCAGCGAGGAGAUCCAGGAGCAGAAGGCGCGCGGCAGGGAGAUCUACACGCGUGACAACUCGUACGGCCAAGACAAGGAGCGGGAGAAGCGAGAGCGUCAGCAGGCGAUCCAGCUGGCGCGGCAGAAAUAUGCGGAGCAGAGUCGCAUGCUCGCCACGAGCAGGCGGCUGAAGCAGCAGCAGACGUCAACUGCCUAG